AUGAUGAUUUUUAUAUCGAAAACUUCAUCUUCAUUUUUUAAUACAUUAUCAACAACAAAGACUUUUAUAUUUAAACAAACUAUGUCUAUUGCUACUACUACUACUGACAAGUCUUCUAAUGAACAACCUGCUAUUCUCAAGUGGGCUUCUAAAGAUGGUGAAUUUAGACGUCAGCAAUCUAUUUUCCGUGAUAUAAUUGAAGAUAAUCCAAAUGCAAAGUUUGCUGCUGAACGUGAUCGUUAUCAUCUUUACAUUUCAUGGGCUUGUCCUUGGGCUCAUCGUACAGCUAUUGUUCGUAACUUGAAAGGUCUAGACAGCUUCAUUGGUCUCUCUGUCGUUGAUUUCUUAAUGUUAGAUCAAGGAUGGAAGUUUUCAACAGCUGAAGAAUGUCCUGGUGCUAUCCCAGAUACGAUCAACAAUGCUUCUUAUCUUCGAGAUCUCUAUUUGAUGGUUAAUCCCAACUAUCAAGGUCGAUUCACUGUCCCCGUCUUGUGGGAUAAAAAGCUUAAAACAAUCGUUAAUAACGAAAGUUCGGAAAUUAUUCGUAUCUUUAAUACUGCCUUUAAUCGCUUUUUAAGUAAAGAAAAGGCAGAAUUGAAUUAUUAUCCCGAACAUCUUCAAAAAGAAAUUGAUGAAAAUAAUGAAUGGAUUUACGAUACCAUUAAUAAUGGUGUUUAUAAGUCUGGGUUUGCUACUACUCAAGAUGCUUAUGAAAAUCAUGUAUAUCCUUUAUUUAAAUCUUUGGAUCGUGUUGAGAAAAUGCUCGAGGGAAAGAAAUAUUUAGUUCAGGAUACAUUUACUGAAGCAGAUAUUCGUUUAUUUACAACUAUUGUCAGAUUUGAUCCUGUUUAUUUUGGACACUUCAAGUGUAAUUUGGGCUCAAUUGAACAUAAUUAUCCCAAUAUUUUGAAAUGGACACGUCGAAUCUAUCAAAAGCCAGGAGUCAAAGAAACUGUUCAUAUGGAUCACAUCAAGAAACAUUAUUAUAUGUCACAUAGACAUAUUAAUCCUACUCAAGUUGUUCCUGUAAAUAAUGGUCCUGACCUUGAUAUUCCCGUUGAACCAUAAUUUUUUUUUUUAUUUU